AUGGAAUUAGUUGGGGACUCUCCAUCUUGCUCAUCUUCUGACCGGAAAGAUCAAAUCAAAAAAUUUUUUAAAGAUUUAAAAGAUAGCACUUCCAGCAAAGAUAAAGAAGUAAAAGAAAAACCAGCACCAUCUACACCAUCUCAAUCAGAUUCAGAAUCUGUAAAAAGUUCAAAAUCAGAUACAAUGAGAUUAUUCCGAACUCCAUCAUUGCCACAACGUUUAAGAUUCCGUCAAAAUUCAGAUGUUUCAACUCCUAAAAAAGAAUUACAAAAAGAUGUAAAAAGAGGUAAAGAAGCUCUUGAAGCUGCUCAAAUUGAAAUAAAAAAUAAAAAUGAAACGAUUCAAGAAUAUGCUCAUCAAAUUGAAGAAUUACGUUCCGAAUUGAUUCAGUUGAAAGAAUUUGAAGCAAAACAGAAAACUGAUUUUGAAAUUGUCAUAACAGAUAAAAAUGAAAAAAUUACUACAUUGUCAAAAGAACUAGAAAUUCUUAAAGAAAGUAAUGAAAAAUUAAAAGAUGAUGAAAGAAAACUAGUAGAGAAAACUCUACAAUUGGAAAAUGAAAUAAAACUUUUACUUGAUAGUCAUGAACGUGAAAUUCAAUUUUUAACUGGUGCUAAUACUGAAGUUGAAAUGCUUAAAGAAAAACUUCAACAAGAGAAUAGCAAAAUUGUUGAAGAAAACCAACAUACAAAAAAAGAAAUUGAAACUCUUUCAGAGGAAAUUAGUUUAAUAAAACUUGCUUUACAAACUUAUGAGGAUAAGGAUCAGGCUAAAAGUUCCGAAAUAGAAAAAUUAUCAACUGAAAAUAUUUCUUUAAUGGGAGAAAUAGAAAAUCUUAAGAAACAAAUUCAAGAUGAUAUGUUAAUGUAUGCUCAAGACAAUCAGAGAAUGCUUAAGGAGCUUGAUAAUAUUAAAGUUGAAAAAGCAAAACUUUUAGAGGACAUUGAAAAACGUUCAGAUUUAAUUAGUUCUCUAAAAGAAGAAUUAGCUGAAAAGGAUAUUGAUUUAGAUUCAUAUAGGGAUUCAAUACGAGAAUCUUUCCAAGAAGAAGUAAAUAACAUAACAAAGAAAUAUGAACAACAAAUAGCAACAUUAAAAGAUAUAAAUGAUAUGAAAAUUAAAGAGAGUGAAUCAAUUCAUAUACUCGAAGUAGCGAAAUUAAAUCGUGACUAUCAAGAUAAAAUACAAAAUUUAGAAAACAAUAAUCAAAAUGAGCUGGAAAGAGCUAAUGAAAGAUUUGAAGAAAAAUUAAAAAUUUCCGAAAUUCAAUACGAACAAAAAAUUAAAGAAUUAGAACAGGCAAUUCAAGAAUCAGUUGAACGUGAAAGAACUCAUUGGAAAUGUGAAAUUGGUAAAUGUCAAAAAAUAGCUGAAGCUGAAAUAAUACAAGGUGAAUUUGAAAAACAAGAUUUAAAAAGUUUACUUCAAAAUGCUCAUGAAAUGCUGAGAGAACGUGACAAUAAAAUAAAAAAAUUCGAAGAGCAGUUAACUAACGGUAUUGAUUAUUAUAUACAAUUGAGUGAACAACUUGAAACUCAAGUUAAUGAAAUUAAACAAGAAUGUUCAAGAAUAAUGACAGAAAAAUAUAAUUAUCAGUUGACAUUAAAUAAUACAAGAUCAACUGUCAAUAUAUUAAUGGAACGUUUAAAAAAAUCCGAUUCAGAUGUUGAAUUAUUAAAAAUUGAAUUGGAAGCAACACAAAAUUCAAAAAAAGAAACUGAAGAAAGAAAUAAACAAAUUGAAGAAGAAUUAAAAAGUUUACGUACCGAAUUAGAUGAAUAUAAGAAUGCUUUAACAGCAUUACGUAAUUCAUCACAAGCCUUAGAACGUGAAAUGAGAGAAAAAGAAACAAUUUUCGAAAAACUUAUGACGUCUGAAGAAGAAACACUAGAAACUGUCAAUAAAAUUGGUAAAUUAUUUAAUGAACGUAUUGAAGAAAAUAUUGAUAAAUAUUUUGAAAUGUAUGUUGAAUUAAAAAAGAAAUAUGAAUCACGUGAAACAUACAUUAAAGAUAUGAAAUCAUUAUUAGAUGAAUUUGCAACAAAUAUUGAAUUGGCUAGAAUUGAAUUAGAUACAAAAGAUAAGGAAAUGUUAAAAUUACAAAAUGAAAAUAAACAAAUUACAUUAGAAUUAAUGACGUUUAAAUAUCGUUUUGAACAAUUUGAAACUUGCCAAAAAGAGAAACAAUUAGAUAUCGAUAUGACAGAUACUAAUCGUAGUAAUGAUGACUCAACAGAAUUAAUUAACAAUAAAUUAAUUGAAAGCGUAUUAGCUGAAUUAGAUUUAAAAUUAACCUGUGAUAAAGAAAUUAUUGAAAGCGAAAGAACAGUUGAUACAUACGCUUUACAAAAAGUGAUUGAAGAAAAAGAUAAAGCAUUACAAAAUGCUGAAAAUUUAGCUAGAGAAGUUGCUGAAAAAUACAAUGAACUUCAAAUGCAAACCAAAAAUCAUAAUGUAAAAAAUUUUGAGAAUCUUAAGGAAACAAAUUCACAUCUUAAAAAUAAAGUUUCACAGUUCCAAAAUAUUAUUAAAGAGCAAGAAGCUAAAAUUAUGGAAUUACAAGAGAAAGUUGGAUCAACUGCACCAAAUAAUAAUACAGUAACGGUUACGGUUACCCCAAGAAAAAAUAAUGGUACUAUUAUAGGUACACCAACACGUACACCAAGAACACCAAGGACACCAAGAACACCAAAAACUCCAAAGUUCUUUCCAGGGAAGGAGAAUUUAUCACCAGCUAUUGAAUCACUUAAAAGUCCUAAAAAUAUACUUAAACCACGAAAUUAAAUCCUACUUUGAAAAUUAUUAUAUAUUAAAA